AUUCCUAGCCUGGCUGAUUAAGACGUGAUAAGUGUUGUGUAGUAUUGCUAUGCAUAAAUACGAACUAGAAAGUAAAGUAUGCUUAAGAUUAAGUUUCAACAAUUAUUUUAUUCCUUAUCAAGGGAAUUUAAUGCUGUGUAGUGGUAGAUAAGUCAAGUUUGAAGAUUGAUAGAAAACUCAAUAUCCCAUAAGUUAUAAAAACGACAUGGCGGACCGAUAAUCGACCAAUGAGAAGCAAGCAUUAAGCGUUUCAGAAUUGCAUGUACCUAUUCACAUUUCGCGUCAUUACGUUUUGGUGCCUUGUUCCUUAGAUAAUAAUCAAAAAUUAUUACCUAUAAAAUAAUGAACUAAUCCGUUUUGAAUAAAGUUAGUGCUAAAAAUAAGUUUUUGUGUGUUGUGCUAUUUAACUACGAUGAAGCAUCUUUAAAGGCUAGGAUCAUGAAUGCUUUAGAUUUAGGAUGAACCUAAAUACUGUUAUAUACAUUGAUUUGUUUUUGUAAACAAUAAUGUGUUUGAGAUACACGUGCGAAAUAUUACAAAAUUGACAGUUGUUUAUAACGAUGACGGGUAGGGGGGCGAAAAAACGCGGGAGGCCCCCAAAAUCGGGAAGUUUUGAAAAGAACAGGAAAUUUCAAUAUCAUUUAUUGAAGAAACCAAAAUAUUUACAAGCACAAAAUGUUGGAUCCGGUUCUCUCGCUAGUACUCCAUCUGCCUCCAGAGCAUCAUCGCCUCAAGGAAGUGAUAUAAGUCGUCGAAGUACAAGAAAACAAAGAGGCGGAAAAUCACAUAAGAGCAAAAGAGGUGGGCUAUCAAAUGCUUAUUCUCGAAGAGGAUAUAAUCCUCAAGCAGCAGAUUACCAUGAAUCUGAAUACCAUUAUGGAUCUGACUUUGGUGAUGAUUAUAGUGAUAGAUCUGAACCUGAUGAAGACCGGGCUAGUGAAAGCUCUGAAGGCUCCAUUGGUGACGGUGGAGCUAGUGACAGUGACUUUUCCACCAGUAGUUUUAGCUCUACAGGUGGAGUUCCAAGAAAAACAAACAAUAAUCUUAGACCACCUAGUCCUGAUCCCCUCUGGUUGCAACAAGAAAGGCAAAUUCCUAGACUGGAAUUACCACCCUCAUCUGAGGAUUUAAUAAUACCCCAUAAUUUAGUUUUACAAAUUGUAGGCAUAUAUGAGGUGUUACGUCACUUUAGACAUUUGGUGAGGCUAUCACCAUUCAGGUUGGAAGACCUUUGUGCAGCCGUGAGUUGUGAGGAUCAGAGUAAUUUACUAAUAGAAGUACAUAUAAUGUUGCUUAAAGCUUUGUUAAGGGAAGAGGAUGCUCAGCAAACUCAUUUUGGUCCAUUGGAUCAUAAGGACAGUGUAAAUAUUACUUUGUUUUUGCUGGAUGUCAUGACAUGGCCGGAGGUUUUGAAAAUUUAUGUUGAAAGUGAUAAGUCUUUUGAUAAAAACAUAGCCAAAAUAUUAAAUUCUUGUGAAUAUCCUUUUACAUCUGUAGAGAACCGUUUGGCAGUGCUACAGUUUUUGUCUAAUCAAUUUCUGAUUACGAAUCCAGUGAGAGACGAUCUCAUAAGUGAAGCUCGUAUUAGUUAUGAUGACCACUGCAGAGUAUGUCAUCGUUUGGGAGAUCUACUUUGUUGUGAAACUUGUCCAGCAGUCUUUCAUCUUGAAUGUGUUGACCCACCUUUAGUUAAUGUACCUUCUGAGGAUUGGCAAUGUGCCCUUUGUAAGCAACACAAAACAACAGGUGUAACUGAUUGCCUAUCUGAUGCUGAAACACAGGGAUUAUUAUGUCGGCAUGAACAUCUUGGUUUUGAUAGGCAUGGAAGAAAAUACUGGUUUAUUGCAAGAAGAAUUUUCAUAGAGGCUGAGAAUGGUGAAGUUUGGUAUUAUACAACUGUGAAUCAGUUUCAAGAACUUCUUGAUGUAUUGGAUGCUGCUGAGAUGGAAGCACCUUUAGUUCGAGAGCUUUCUGAAAUGCAACAAGAAAUAAUGAGACAAAUGAACAUAACAGAGAGACUGACAAAUCAAUUGAAAGGCAAUAGGAAAUCAUACUUAGAGGUUGAAAAUGGAAACCUAAUGAAGCAGAAAAUGUUAAAGCAAGAUCAAAAACAUCAUGAGAACAGUAGUGAUUUAAAAGUAGGAGAUAAACUUGAUUCAGAAGUUCCUUUAGAUCAGGAUUCUGAUAUUGUUAAUGAGGUCACUGUCACAAGUGAUGACCUUGGAAAAGAAGAAAACUCUGAUGAUGAUGAAGAAUCAAGAAAAAUAAAACAUUGCAAUUCCAAAAUUAAAUCACCCACUUUAAAAAAAAGUGAUGAAAUUACAGAACGUGUGACAAGAUUGAAAUCAAAUCAAAUUUCAAAUGGAACAUAUCUUUUUAAAUUGGGCAAUGAGAACUCAUUUAAGACAUAUGUUAACCAAUAUACUAGCAAUCCUCUUGCACUGAAUAAACCUCAAAGGAAUGAAGAAAGGGAUAAGAAGCGUUACAUCUCCCAUAAAUUUUCACUCUCAUCUGGACAAGAAUUUAAAUGGGUUGGAUUGCUCAAUGCAACAAAACCCUUACUUGUGGCCACAUUACGACAGACAUUAUUACAAUUAGAAUCCAAUAUUGUACUGCAAUUUAUGCAUCCAAAUUGGACACUAUUGAGAAAGCCCUGGGUCCAAGCAGUGCAACUUUGUCAGGCUCCAAGAGACUUUGCCAGGGCUCUAUGUGUCCUGCAGGCAUGCAUUAAAAGUGUGGUUUGGGUACCAGCUUGGCAUGAACAGCUCGGUCACGUGCGUCUUAUUCGCACUACAGCUGCCGAAAGAGAAGAACGGAAAAAAAUUGACAAAAGAGAGAAAAAAGAGCGCGAUGAAGAAGAAGAGAGAUAUAGAACUGCUUAUAAUUUUGUUAAGUAUUCAUUGGGUCUUCGUCAUCAGGUUUGGAAGCAAAAAGGCGAAGAAUAUAGAAUUCAUGGUCAAUGGGGGUGGUUAUGGAAUUCCGCAACAAGGAAAUUCAAAAAACACACCAGUUUUAAAUUAAAUUUGUACAAUGGUCCUGCUAAAAUCGCAGUAAGAGUGAGAGAAGGAAGCAUCAUUAAAGUUUUAGCUGUUGAACCCAAAACCUACGAAUAUCUUACUAACGAAUCUGCAGAUAAGGAUGUCAUGACAAAAUUGCCAGCAUCAAUGCGGAAUAUGAAAUUAGAAAAAGAGACUGAAGACUUUGAGGAGAUAGAUGUUGAAAAAGCAUUAAGUUCUUCCACAAGGAGAUAUUAUCCUAAAAUAGCAAGAAAAUCAAAGCUAGAUGAUUUUUUAGCUCGCCGCACUUAUCUCAAGUUUAUGGAGGAAAAAAAAUUAGGCAAUUUGCUGAAUAAUAUAAAAAAGGAAGAAAUAGACUUAAAAAAUGAGGAGGACAAAAACAUUGACAUUGAAAAUGAGGAACCUGAUAUUGAGGGAACAGCAGAAGGCAGUCAUAAUAAUAAGAAAAAUUUAAAUACUCUACCAAACACCAUAGAGAUAGUUAAAGAAAAUUAUCUUCAAUUAAAUAAUCUCACACGACAUUACAAAUGCUAUUCAAAAAGUUGUAAUAAAUUGGAAACCAACACAUCUCUAGCAGAAGUUAAAGUCGAGUGUUAUUCACCUUCUUGCAUCGAAAAAGGGAAGCUUUUAAAUAAGUUAAUUUCAAUGUUAAAAGACAAUUCCAAUCAUUACAGUUCAUAUUUACUCACGAAUUCAAAAGACAAUAAGAUGUCAAUAUUAGAACAAUAUUUGCUUGGCAAAACUACAAAUUCAAAUGAAAAUAUUUUGUCUGAUUUAUUAUCAGCAGUUGCUUGCGCCCAAGAAUGUGAUAAUAGAACUACUGACAGUUUCGUAAAAAGAAAGUCUAGUGAUAGCGAUACUAGCUUAAAGAUUGAAAAAGAUGGCAAUGAGAACAGUUCUGUGUGCAAUAUUAAGUCUGAGAGCACUCUUGAAGAGUCUGCUGUUCCUGCAGUAGGAAAUGAAAUGGACAUAGAUAUAACAAGCACCGGCAAUGAAGAUGUUGAUGUUGAGAUAGGUCCAUUGAAAGAGUUGACUGAACACGAACAAAACGAAGUUAAAGAGAAUCCAGAAGAAAAUAGCAAAGAGCGACCUCCCAUACCGAAAUUAAAAAUAACUCGUGGAAGAUCUUCCAGAGCCAAUAAUGCUAAUGAGAAGAACAAAGAUUCUUCAUACGAAUGUUCUGUAAAACAAAAUAAAUCUUUAGAUAAGCCAGCAUAUCGUGCCUCCAUAAACAGGCGCUUCGGAUUAACGAGAAGCAUUAAAAAGGAGGAAAAGAUAAAGACAGAGAAAGGUGAGGGGGGUGUUGUAAGAAUAUACUCAACAGACAAUCCUUGCGGCAAGGUUUAUCUAAAAAGAGUUCAAACAGCUGCAGUUGAAAAGAAAAAGAAGAGGACACCUGUGAAGUACCCACUUUGUUCAUCUUUUCAUACAAAGAGCAAGGCCAAAACUAUUAUGGUGUUACCCCACCAUGAAUUAAAAAAGUUAUGUAGACAGGCCGGACAUAGUACUGUUUCCGGUUUCAGUCAUAGCGCAAAACCAAAUCAACUCAUAUGGCCUUACCCUUGUGCUAGGCCUCUGUUUAAAACUUGUUGGCUUUAUCGCACCGUAAAUCUACAAUGGUUGGCCAGUGCGGCGUUACAACUGCGUAUAAUGUGGGCCUGCUUACGUUGGGACGACAUGGCCGCUAAACCAGCCACUGCGGAUGGAAAACAUCAACUUACGACUGACACAGAAAUCGUUUCGCUCGAGCUACUGAAACAUCGUCACAUCGGUCAAUUUUCGGAACGCACUCAAUAUCUUCGGAGAAAAGUUGUCAUUCCAUUAGAAUUACCGAAGACGGUGCGUGAAGUGACUUCAAUACGAAGCGGUUUGAGAAAAAGGAAACGAGCAGAAUCUCCACAAAAUACUGAACCCCAGGUAUCUGAGGAGUGGGUGGAUGAAGAUAAACUGGAGUUAUGGGAAGUCCGUCAGUACGGCGAGCGCACGGAGCGGAUAACGCCAGUAACACGUACGUCAACUGGUAAAUUGCCACAACGUAGUACGGCUCCCACGCCACAAAACGCGUCUGAUAUUAAAGAUAAGAUGGAGCAGCAGCUGCGAGAGCAACGAGCUGCUCACCAACAAAAAAGAGCACUUGAAAUGUCACAAGACAAAUCAAAAGCCAAUUCAAAUCAAGGAUCUGGAAAAAGUACCUUGACUUCACUGCUAACUACAAACACAUCUACACCAACCGGACAGAAAACCGUAAUUGGUACAAGGAGAAUAAUAAUGACCAAAGGUGCGGAUGGGACUACUAGGGUUAUCAGUCAACAGAUCGGAAACUCGAACAAGUCCAUUUUAUCAUCCGAUGCUACUAAGACGGCAACACCGCAAAAAGAGGGCCCUCAAAAGGUUCAAAUCAUCAGAGCACCAGAUGGUAAAAUCACAGUGAGAGGUCUCCUAGCGGGACAGCAACUAAUACAGAUGCCGGAUGGAAAAUUGCACGUUGUGGUGGCUGGUCAGCAAGGAAUAGCUGGACAGCUCGUCGCAGCUUCCGCUGGUCCCAAACCUACAGAAACUGAAACGUUCUCAGAUAAUACGGACAAAACCACCGCGCAAAAUAAAUCCAACGUUGAAAGUACAGGCGCCACGCAGUCACCUAGAAAUUCAACUCAGACUACGCCUCAAGCUAUCUUACCAGCAGGGCGACACAUCGUGAUGCAGGGUGGGCAGCAGGUGAUGGUGCAACCUACGCAGCAGAUGGUAUUACAGUCACCGCAGCAGGUGGUGGUGCAGGCUGGAGCGAGGACACCGCUGCAGACCGUACUCGUGCAAGGACAAAUCCUACAGCGACCGGCCCCCCCUCCUCGCCCGCCCGCACCCCGUGCCCUCACCCCACGCCCUCGCGCCACCACUCAACAGAUCGUCGUCAAUAACCCGGCGCUCGUACAACAGAUAGCCGCUGGCAAGAUACAACUCGCUACAGUUAACGGACAACAAGUAUUGGUUCGUCUCACCGGCGUCGACCAGGGACAAAUAGUAGCUCACAUCGGUCAGAGUCCAGGGACGGGCAUAACGACUAGUGUAGUGGCGGCUCCCGCGCCCUCGCCGACGGCGACGCCGGUGACAACCCCCGCGCCGGUGGUGCGCCCUCCCCCAGCCCCCGCUGCGCCUCCAUCGCAGCCUCUCAUGGAAGACCAGAUCAUGGAGAAGCGACUACUGGCGGGACAACCACCGGGAACUGUCAUUAAAACUGUCACCGCACGGGUCAUGCAGACAAGUACCGGUCCUAGUAUCGUUUUGCACGGUCUCCACGGAUAUUCCCUGACACCGCAGCAACUGGAUCUUGUACAACACCAAGUAAAACAACAACUUCUCAAAGCCCAAGAGUCGACGGGUAAUCAAGGUAUGUUGGGUCCUCGUAAGAUGUACCUGGUGGUGCAGCCGACGCCGAGCGCUCCGCCCCCGCUGGCGCCCGUCGUGGCCCCCGCCGCCCUCCCCCCCGCGCAGGAUAGUAAGGCAGAUGAUAAAGUGAAACGACAGUUACUGAACGGCGAAGAUCAUGUGGCAGAAGCCGUGAGCCAUAAAGAGGCUAUACCGUCCAAGCCCGAGGACAUAUCGCAGAAUAACACCAAAACUGAUAUCGUUAACCAAACUAAUGAUGUUAAUCAAAGUAAUAAAUUCAUUCUCACUCCUGACUACAUACAACAAACUAUAAAAAGUGCCUUAAAACAAGAAAAUCUCAAUCCGGAGAUAGAGGAGAAGCUGCUACAGCUUCAACGUUAUCAAGAGAAGCAGAUGAAGCCGGACGCGCCCGUGGAGCGGGAAGUGCGGCCUGCGUCGCCUCGCUCACCCUCACCGCCAGCCAGGAGGAGAGGCCUGUCCAGGCAUGAUGACACGGACGACGAGUGGAUCGAAACCAGUCCGCGGAAAAGGUCCCGCGCCCGCCCGCCCACGCCUCCUUCCGCCGUCGUGCCUUCACCGGCACCGCAAGUCAUCACCGCCCCGCCGCCGCCCACGCCACCGCCACGCGUCGCGCCACGCCCCGCCGCGCCGCGUCCCGCCGCUCCGCCUGCAGCUAGCACGGCGCCCGCGCCCGCUGCGCCACCCUCGCCAGCCGUCGACGAGAGACGCCGCGUAGCGUCCACACAUUCAAGACUGUUACUAUUGUUCAAGCAUAAGGAGAUGCUCAAGAAGGAAAUCAUCAAGAAACGAGGUCUGCUCGAGAAGGAGCUGGGUGUCGAGAUACAGAAAGAACUAUCUGCGGAGUUGGCGCUGCGAACACGUGCGGAGCGUAGCAAACAGGAAGAGGUGCGCGGCAAGAGACGGACGGCUGGGCCCUCGCCUCGCGCGCACAAGAAGACCGCCAAGAAAGAGAAGCUGUUGUGUAUAUGUCGCACUCCUUAUGACAACACUAAAUUUUACGUCGGUUGCGAGCACUGCAGUAACUGGUUCCAUGGAGAUUGUGUUGGUGUAACUGAGGAGAUGAGUAAAACUAUGGAGGAAUAUGUAUGCACUGAAUGUCGGAGGGCUGAAGAGACUCAGGAGUUAUACUGUCUCUGCCGUCAACCCUACGAUAAUUCUCAGUUUUAUAUUUGUUGUGACCGAUGUCAAGACUGGUUCCACGGUCGAUGUGUUGGUAUAUUGCAAUCGGAGGCCGAUAAUAUCGAUGAGUACAUAUGUCCAAACUGUCAGAAAAAUAAUUCUGUUAAUUUCGCAAAUAUGAAGGAACUGACUCCUAAAGAUUUUGAGCAUCUCAAAAGACUUGUGAAGCAGAUACAAUUACAUAAAAAUGCUUGGCCUUUUAUGGAGCCGGUAGAUCCCAGGGAGGCUCCUACAUAUUAUAAAGUUAUAAAAGAACCAAUGGAUUUACAAACAGUGGAAAGAAAAGUGAAUGAAAAAACUUAUAGUACAUUAAGUGAAUUCAUUGGUGAUAUGACUAAAAUAUUUGAUAACUGUCGUUAUUUUAAUCCAAAAGACUCAGAGUUUUAUCGGUGUGCUGAUGGUUUAGAAGCAUUCUUUGCGCAAAAAAUAAAAUUUUUUCGUGAAAAGCUAUUUGAAUCUACACAAUAAUAAUAAUAGUAGUGCCAGUGUUCGAAAAAGUGAAAGACAUACAAGAUAGAGACUUCGAAACGAAAUAAGUUACAUUUCCCAUCUGGUAACACUUGUAAAUUGUAUACAUUGUGAUUAAGUUUGGGUUGAAGUAUCAGUUAAGUCAGUCAGCUUCAAUUUCAUGUUAAGUAUUUAUUAUAUUUAUUAAUGCUUUACAUUUUUAAUCUACUUUAAAGCUGACACUGACACAAAAAGAAAAUCUUCGCAGAAGAAUAUUAUAAAUUAUAUACAUAGUUUUGUGAAAAAAAUAUUGUAUUAGCUGAUAUGACAUAGUUCUCUAGUUAAAACUUAGUAUAUAGUUUAAGUAAACAUUAUUGUAUGUAAGAAAUAAAUUUGUAAUAAUAUAA